UAUGGCAUAUAAGUUAUGUGUAUAUCAUAAAACUUUAAACGACUGCAUGCAAAACAUCCUAAGCAAAUGGUUCUUUCAAUCACAAACAUUACAAGUACUUAUCUUUAACACAUAGAAGGCAAUAAAUAAACUAGUGCAUGGUAUUCAAUAGUAUUCAGAUAAGGAGUAUAAAUAUAAUUAAGGAAGCUGAUAAGAAAGCUCCUAUAAAACCCGGAGAGUGCAUUGAAAGUAAGGCAGUCACAUUUAAAGAUUUGCGAAAUGCUAUUUCCCCGUAUAAUUUUUUUCCUGCCGUUUCUGGCAUUUACCAGGAGUGAUCCAGUGGAAAGGAAUUCAGCAGCCAUAUGCGAGUUUUUCCAACAUGUUCGAGCGUUUCAAGAAGACUGGUGGGAUGAUAUAGUAGUCGCGAUGAAGACAAUGUUGCAGGAAAUGAUCACUGCCUUAGAACCCUAUCCCGAAUAUGAAGAAUACAGGAAAACCAUGCAGGACUAUGUUGAGCAGGGAAAGACUAUAGUUAAGUCAAGCAGGUUGGAAGAUAAAGUCGCAUUUGUUAAAGGAUUCAAUGAACGCGGUGACCAGCCAGUUCUAACCGGAUCUCCUGCUAAGAAGCAGGCGCUCACCAGACCUAUAGACCAUUUCAGAUCCAACAUGAUUUUCAAAGUGCUCACAGAAUUCCAUAACAAGCUGCUCAAAGCUGCAGACGACUUGGAGCGAGUUGUGCGAUUCCCGGAUAGCUCUUCCAAGGGUGAACUUUUUAGACUUCUCCAGCAAUAUCGAACUAGUGGCAUUGGAAGUCUCACUGAAGAAAUAGCUUCCCGCAUCCUGGCUUUGAAGGAUAAAUACCAAUGUGCUUAGCCAAGAAAUCAAGACAAUAUCCUUGACACCUAAUAACUUCAGUUUUAUAAAUCAAAUAUGCUUGUAAUAUAUGUUCAAUUUCUAUAUACAAUGACUGUAGCUUACUGAUUAAUUAUCCAAAUACUAAUUACUUUCGUAUUCUCAAUAUUUGAUUGAAACAUAUUCAUAUUCAGCUCACUGCCUGUGACAAGAUCCAGACAUUUCAGCUGCGGUAUCAGCAUGUUGAGUGUUGAGAAUGAUAUAGCAGGGAUUGCAUAACAGGUUGAUGAUACCAUGGGAACAGAAUUGCCAUCCGACCGAAGAUAUUUCCAUGGCGCUGCCACCAAACAUUCGUGUCAUGAACACAUCCAAUUGUGGCAUCAGCUCAGCAGCUCAGCUGCUCCAGCACGUUGCCUCGGUUUAUCAGUGGCACGCUCUUCUAGAUUCCAACCUCUGGCUGGCCAUAUAGCAAUAGCAGCUAUAGCAGCGGGUAUACCUAUACCCAUACCUCUAUCUACAUACCUGCCGCGUCGGCCGAGUAAAGAGAGCCAAGCGAAGUCAAGCCAGCCAACCAAGCCAGCCAA